GCCAAAGAGAGCGGCGUCUCUCUGCUCACUACUCCAUGGAUCACCUUCGUAUCCUUAGAUUGAUCCUUCACGGAAUUAUCCUGAGGUCCAUCGCUUGAUACACGAACUAUUCCCAUCAGGUAAUGCCUCUCUUCUGACAUCAGUUUUCAUCAGUAAUGGGCUGUGCACAGUGCAAAAAGAAAGAAGAAAAAGCAGAAGCAGUAAGUGCAGAGAACUAUUCCAGUAAACGCUAUUACCCAGAUCCUACAACAACAUUCCACAACCCGGGCAUUAGCAUUUCAGCCAGCAAGUCAAUAUGUAUACUCGGAGGACCAUUCGUGGGUGGAGGACCAAGAGGAAUGGGUGUCACAGGAUCUUCCGGAGCAACAACGUUUGUUGCAUUGUAUGAUUAUGAAUCUCGGACAGAAGAUGACCUGAAUUUUGUCAAGGGAGAUAAAUUUCACAUUAUAAACAACUCUGAGGGUGACUGGUGGGAGGCACGAUCUUUGCGUUCUGGAGAAAUAGGAUACAUUCCUAGCAACUAUGUGGCCCCUUUAAAUUCAAUCCAUGCAGAAGAGUGGUAUUUUGGCAAAAUUGGCAGAAAGGAUGCAGAGAGGCAACUGCUGAGUGAAGGAAAUAUACAAGGAAGUUUUAUGAUCAGAGAAAGUGAAACUACAAAGGGUGCAUACUCACUCUCUCUUCGUGAUUGGGAAAAUACAAAAGGAGAUCAUGUCAAACAUUAUAAGAUCCGCAAGAUUGAUAAUGGAGGCUUUUACAUCACAACGCGGGCUCAAUUUGACAGUGUGCAGGAGCUGGUACAACAUUACACAGAAUUCAAUGAUGGUCUGUGCCAACUGUUAACAAAGCCUUGUGUCAACCUUAAACCUCAAACAAUGGGACUUGCAAAAGAUGCCUGGGAAAUAGCAAGAGAGUCUAUCACUCUAGAUAAAAAGCUGGGACAGGGCUGCUUCGGAGAUGUCUGGAAAGGCACAUGGAAUUGUACAACUAAAGUAGCUGUAAAGACCCUCAAGCCAGGUACUAUGUCCCCAGAAGCGUUUUUGGAGGAGGCUCAGAUCAUGAAAAAGCUUCGCCAUGAUAAACUGGUCCAGUUGUAUGCAGUGGUUUCUGAGGAGCCAAUAUACAUUGUCACUGAAUAUAUGUCACAGGGAAGCUUGUUAGACUAUCUAAAAGAAAAGGAAGGCCGCAUUUUGAAGUUACCAGAGUUAGUAGAUAUGUCUGCACAGAUAUCUUCAGGUAUGGCAUAUAUUGAAAGAAUGAAUUAUAUUCAUCGUGAUCUUAGAGCUGCCAAUAUUUUGGUGGGUAACAACUUGAUCUGUAAGAUUGCAGACUUUGGCCUUGCACGGCUUAUUGAAGACAAUGAGUACACAGCUCGACAAGGUGCCAAAUUUCCCAUCAAAUGGACAGCUCCUGAGGCUGCUAUGUAUGGAAGAUUCACCAUUAAAUCUGACGUCUGGUCAUUUGGAAUCCUAGUGUGUGAGCUAGUGACGAAGGGAAGAAUUCCGUAUCCAGGUAUGAGUAAUCGAGAAGUACUGGAGCAAGUAGAAAGGGGGUACCGCAUGCCGUGUCCUACAGACUGCCCCCCAUCUCUUCAUGACCUUAUGCUACAGUGCUGGAAGGGCGAUCCUGAGGAACGUCCAACAUUUGAGUAUUUGCAGUCCUUUUUGGAAGAUUACUUUACAGCUACUGAGCCGCAGUAUCAGCCUGGGGACAAUAUCUAAAGCUUGUGUGCGGUUGUAACAAGGAAUAUGGAGUAAAAUCUGUCACUGAACAGAUGAUAAACUCAGAAGAUAAAAAACUGAAGACGUAUUGAGUGGUUUAGCAGUAAGGCCUUGAGUUUCUUGCUACCCACUAUGGGAUGGUACCUGAAUCUUUAGACUCAGACUAUAGAACAUCAUCUUGAAGUGCAAAAAUAUGCAAUAGUGACAAUGGCUGAAUUUUGCAAUACCUAACUUUGAAACAUUGGCCAUAACCAGAGCAUUAUCAAGUAAAAUUCAUCCAAACACUGUUUGAGGAACUAUAGAUAUUGGCUAUAUUAUCAUUAUUCAGUAUGUUGUGGACAUGCCAGAUUACAUAUAGUGAUGUAUGGGAAGCUCUCAAAUGCUUUGACUCAUAUUAUGUCCUGCAAGUGUUCUGCACUUCCCGGAAAAUAUAUAGUAUCUUAAUAUGCUGUUGCACACCCAUUCCAUACCAUUAUAUGCAUAUACUAUUUUGAUUUUGAAUAAUAAAAAUAUGCAUUGUCACAUGCCUUGCAAUGAAUCACAUCUUAAAGAUUUCUUGUAAUGAUGGCCUCAUGUUCGUGGUCAACAGGAUGCUUGUAUCUGACUACUGCUAUAACACACAUUAUGUUGGGAAAUCAGGCAGAAAAGCCAGUUAACAUGUGCUUCCAAUGUGAAGGGAGCUGCGCUAAAUUGAUACAGAAUUGCAUUAUUCGCUCUUCCCUAAAAUGCUGUCAUUAGUUGAAUCUCUUCUGCAGCAAAAGCAGGGCAGCCAGAGGGAAUUAAAAUUCCCCAUGGUUGCCUAAGAGCUGGUCACAAAACUAUACACCGCUGUUGACGGCAAUCUAUAGGCUACCUAUGGGAACCAGGCCGUAUAUUGUCAUAUAAAACAGUCUAGAGCUUGUUGACAGGCUGCAGGGAUGCCUCAGGGAAUCUGAUUAUCCUGUGGUUUCUCUAUACAAGAAUCUGAGUUGGCUAAUGAAAAUAUAUUAAGAAAAUGCUAAUGCUAAAGUUCACUGAUCCAGGUGCCUCUGAACAGAUCCCCCUGGUCACAAAGGCAAUAAGGCUUUACUUGCAUGCUCAAUAAUAAAAUAUUUGA